GAAGACGGGCUGAUGGGAGUGAUGCUUUCUCCAAGCAAAUCUGGAAUCGUUCCUUUUUGAUUCACAGCGGUAGAAAUAUCCAUAUUGUGAAACAGUUAUAAUUCAAAAUUUCCCUCCUUCCACGAAAAUGGACACAAUGGUAAGUUGCCGUCCGUAUCAGGACGUGAUCGCUAUUUAUGACCUGUCUGAUCUGGAAAUGUUUGAGACCCGUCGCAGAAGACGUUUGGCCGAGCGGGAAAGAGAAAAGAACGAAAAGCAAAGGGUUCGCUGGUCCGAGGAAGACGAAACUGAUUCAACAGAUCCAAGGGAUCCAGGAAAAUACCUUGAUCGCCUUAUUGGUGGCAAUGAACCAUCUGGUAAAGGUAUGCCUGGUACACGAAUGUUGGACGCUAAUGUGUAUGCCACAAAAAAGACGAUAGCUCAAGGAUUACUUGAUGUGGCUUUACUAACAGCAAAUGCAUCACAGUUAAAGUACCUGCUGCAAGCUGGGAAAGAACAUGAAUUUUACUAUGUUAUGAUGACCCUCAUUAGUUUAUCCAUCAUUUUGCAGAUGGCCUUAGGAAUCGUUCUUCUCUUGAAAGGACAGUGUGACAUCAACAACGCAGCAUCGCAUUGCAGAGCGAACAUUUUGAAUGACGCUGCUGUGUGGCUGGUGUUCGCAUCCGCCGUCGUCCACGCAUUUCUGUCCGUUUUCCACAUCGACCCCGGACUGCAGCCGCCAUUUUCCACUUAUGCGAACUAUAACAACAAAACCAUACCCGGGGAGGAAUAUUCCGAGGGAUUCCCCGACGCCGAAUCUUAGCAACAAAAACUGUGCCUAAAUUCCAGACUGAAUGUGUUGACGAAAUUCUGAACUCAAAGUUAUCUGGUUGCCUUCUAAUAUUCAAAUCCAAUAGUGGAGCCUACUAAGUGAUAAAAAUGUAAAAUAAUGAUUUUUGCUGAUAACGAUUCAAACAGCAAUCUUGUUUGAAUGGACUAGUCAUGCAGCUACACUUAAUGACAAUUAUUUAAGCCACUAAUGAACUUUCUUUUUCAAAUGAACUGAACACUGCUGCAUUCCCUAUUUUUAUAAAUUUAUUGUUGGUACACAUUAAUGUCUGUUAAAAAUACUUCAAGUCAAAAACUUUUGAGCAAAUCUGAAAGUAGAGACAAGAACUAUUUGCACCUGGAAAAUAUGAAUGAUUUUUCUUUUUUUUUAAAGUACAUUUACUUAUUAUGCAACUUACUACCAAAAGGCUACAUAUGAUCCUAUUUCAAUUGAAUUCAACUAUCUCGUUUGAAUGGACUAGUCAUGCAGCUACAUUUAAUGACAAUAACUUAAGCCACUAAUGAACUUUAUACUUCAAAUGAACACUGCUGCAUUCCCUAUUUUUAUAAAUUUAUUGUUGGUACACAUUAAUGUCUGUUAAAAAUACUUCAAGUCAAAAACUUUUGAGCAAAUCUGAAAGUAGAGACAAGAACUAUUUGCGCCUGUAAAAUAUGAAUGAUUUUUCUUUUUUUUUUUAAGUACACUUAGUUAUUAUGCAACUUACUUCCAAAAGGCUACAUAUGAUCCUAUUUCAAUUGAAUUCAACAAUCUCGUUUGAAUGGACUAGUCAUGCAGCUACAUUUAAUGACAAUAACUUAAGCCAUUAAUGAACUUUAUACUUCAAAUGAACACUGCUGCAUUCCAUAUUUUUAUAAAUUUAUUGUUGGUACACAUUAAUGUCUGUUAAAAAUACUUCAAGUCAAAAGUAUACUUCAAGUCUGAAAGUAGAGACAAGAACUAUUUGCGACUGUAAAAUAUGAAUGUUUUUUUGAAAAAGUACACUUAAUUAUUAUGCAACGUACUUCCAAAGGACUACAUAUGAUCCUAUUUCAAUUGAAUUCAACACCUCCUUUUUAUAAAUAUUUUAACCUUUCAUCACCAUCAUGUUACUUUUUCUGGCAUCUAAAUAUUUUUAUGACUGCUCAUAUAAUCAGCAUAUUUUAGACAGUUGAAAUUCGAAUUGCUCACAUUUCGUUGAAGAUGAUAAAAUAUAAACUAGUUUUUACAUGUUUAGUGUCAUUUUUGUAUUUCUUUCAAUUUUAAAAUGCUCAAGUAUUGUAACUAUACUAUCAUUGCUGUAUUAUUUUAAGUAGUUUUAAAUGUGUCAGCCCAAUUUACAAAAUAUAAAAAAUAAUUGCUUUAUCACCAAAAAAAAAAAAAAAUCAACGAGCUUCAAUUUCAGGAGCUUAAUAUUUGUCAUCAACAGCUCAUAAUUUUCAUGUUAAUUAUAUUACUGUUUAAAAAUUUUUAACUUGAGUUUAAAAAAAAUAGCUCAAACAUUGAAUUAGGCUUGAAUUUUUGUGUAACUUAUUUUCUGUGUUGUUAUUUAUUUAACUUUGUGUGAUGUAACGAAUUCCUUCCGAUAUCUAAAUAA